AUGCUAAAACAUCCUUCGGCCGAGCACUUGGGUAUGUACCGGUCCUCAUCCUACUACUCGGAUGAUGGGUGUCUGAACAGAAUCCCCUACUUCUCGGCCAUUGGCUUCUUUAUGUGCUUCGUUGGCGUCGUACUAUUCUCAUCGAUGAUGUGGUUCGCUGUAAAUGCGAGUGUAGAACAGUUCAGACGCGCUCUUGAUCUCACCGACUUGCCUUGGUUGGACAAAGUAAGCUUUGUUGAUAAAAUAUAAACUAUGGUACAAACUGUAGUAACAUCUUAACAUAAAUGUAUAAAAAGAGCACCUCUGCACCUCUAACUCAAUAUUUUGCAGAUCAACCUCGCUUUCCUAAUCAUAGCCUUUGUGAUGGCUUUAUUUGCCAUCUUCCUUCUUGCCAUCGCUAUUGUCAGUACGGGAAGAACUCGAGAACAGAUCUACAAACGUGAGAGUGCCAGAAGAGGUGGAGAAUGCUUUGGAAUAACUGCUAUGGCGUGCUCUUACAUCCUUAAUAUCCUGUGGAUGUUCGUAUUUGCAACAACUGCCAUUUUAAGUGCCGGGUAUUAUGUUUUGAGCCGAUUAUGUUCAUCGUUAGCUGCUUACAACGAAUCGAACUGCUUGGACUUUAGCGUUUUUCAACCGCUGUUUAAAGAUACACCCAAAGAAGUAAGUUUUACGCUUGAAACUAGUUUUUGACUCUCUAGGUUAAUAUAAAGUUGAGAAAGUUUGCCGUUUUUGCUCAACUUUCUGAGAAAUACCUUCACAAACAUUCCUGAGCUACUUAUAUUACUAUAGACAUUCCUAAAAUAGCCAAAUCUUUUGAAAACUCCCAAAAAACAUGUUAUCCAUUCCAGACACUAAACCUCUGCGGAGGUAACGCUCAACAAUUCUGUGCAGCCACAAACUCAGUCGUUGCCUGGUACUUCAUAGGCUUCCUAGGGUCACUAAUAGUCUGCCUAGGCCUAGUACAGUUUCUGGCCAGCAGCACGGCCAACCAUUCAAGAGUUAAGAACGAGAAACGCUAUAACGAACUUCACAAUGCCGUCUUCGGAGACAGCAUCCCUGAAUUCACGCCUUAUCUACCCAACAACUACUAUCCACCCCCACCAAUCCAUGGAACUCUGCCUUCUUAUCAUGGCACACAGCCUAGAUCGAAACCCAACUUUGUACCACCUUCACCAUUACGACAGAAUGGUACUCUACCUUACAACUCGUACUCUCGACGGAACUCGUAUCACAACUCUAUGGGGGAAUGGGCUAGAGACUAUUAA